UCAGGAUAUCACCAGCUUCAUCAUGGCUUUAGAGCUGCUGUUCUUCAUCCUCUUCAAUUUGUGUCAUGAGGCCAAAUCUGAAGCUCUUCCUCAGCCUAACUUAAUGGUGGAUCGACUUAUGAUCACAGAGACUGACUCAGUCACAUUAAACUGUUCGACUUCACCAGAUGUUUCUGUGUCUCGGUGUGAUUUCUACAUUGCAAAUAAAAAGAUGUCUGCAGACUCCUCCUGUGUGGAAACAGUGACAGGAACCAAGCUGUUGAGCAUGGCAAAAAUAAGGUCACCAGCCGAGGUCAAAGUUAAAUGUUUCUACAGUGUAAAGGAUGGAGCUGUUGAUAUUACAUCAUCAGACAGUAUAUCAACAACCAUCACCAUAAACAAUCUGUCUCCACCUACACUGACAGCGAACCCACUGGUGAUCACAGAGUCAGACUCAGUCACUUUAAACUGUCAGCCUCCAUCAUCUGUUCCUGUGACUGAGUGUUUUUUCCACAUUGGGGGAGGAGAAACACCCCAAAGAUUUCCUUGUCUGAAGACACUGAGAGGAACUGAAAUCCUGUCUUUAACAAAGCAAAGUUCACCUGCUAACUUUGAUGUAACAUGUUUUUACCUGAAAGUAUAUGAAUCUCCACAGAGUAACCUGCUCAACAUUAUAAUAGAACUUCCUCCAGCUGAACUGAGAGUGAAUCCACAGCAGAUCACAAAAUAG